GUUGUGAUUCCAUCACAGUCACGGUGUUCGAAGAGGUUAAGUUGCUGCUCGGUGUUGAACCGUCAGGAUAUAAAGUGAGCCGUGACAUCAGUUAAUAGCAGCAAUGGAUACGAAACGCUUGGCCAAUAUUGUUGCCAUUCUGCUCGGAUUCUUGGCAGUCAGUUUGAUUCGUUCCCAGGAUGACGGUAGCCUAUCCUUUGGGCUAUACCGCCAGAAGUCCUACUACUUCGGCGACACCUUUCGGCUUAAUUGGUACAAAGCAUCUGAAUAUUGUCGCUCCCGUGGUAUGUUUCUUGUGUCGAUCGAAAAUGAAGAGCAGCUUCAGGGAGUAGUGGAGUACAUCGAGAAAAGCGGGUUCACCAAGACGCACGGAAUUCUGCACAUGUGGACCUCGGCGAACGACCUUGGUGAGGAAGGUCAGUUCUUCUGGGCAUCAACGGGAAAGCGUAUGACUUACGAUCGUUGGACGAAGAAUGAACCGAACAAUGCGAUGCACGACAACUGCACCUUCGAGAACUGCGCCGUGCUCGAGUACUACCUACCAUACUCUAUUAACUACACGUUCGACGAUAGGAACUGCCUCGAUGGUAACUUUUUCAUGUGCGAAACCUUGGACGCUUAGUAGCCGCGAGA